CUUUUGACUUGAGAUUUGUUUUUUUUUUAGUAUUUUGAGUUCAAGAGAUAGUGCUUCACCAUCAGCCAACAUGGUUAUAAUAUAAUCUUUUAGAGUCAGAAGUAUUGGAGCAAGAAACAAGUUUUGCUUUAACAUUGUAGAAGAGGCUUAUGUUGAAAUUUUUAUGAGAUCAAGAGCUUUUUUUUUCAGUAAUGGUGCACUACAACUUUCUCCCGCUGAUUUCAUUCGCAAGCUUCUUCGUUGUUUUUGUUCUUCUUGUUCGUGCUCAAGACCAAUCAGGUUUUGUCAGUAUAGAUUGUGGUAUACCUGAGGAUUCAAGCUAUAAUGAUGAAACAACAGACAUUAAGUAUGUUUCAGAUGCUGCUUUUGUUGAGUCCGGGACAAUUCAUAAUAUAGAUCCUGAGUUUCAAACAAGUUCUCUUGAGAAGCAGUUUCAAAACGUUAGGUGUUUCCCUGAAGGCAAGAGAAACUGUUACGAAAUCCAGCCUCCGCGGGGAAAAGGCUUCAAGUAUUUGAUCAGAACACGUUUCAUGUACGGUAACUACGAUAAACUAGGGAAAGCACCUGAGUUCGAUCUUUAUCUUGGUGUCAAUCUCUGGGAUUCUGUUAGUAUAGAUAAUGCAACAACGAUAGUUACAAAAGAGAUCAUCCACACCCUUCGUUCGGACCAUGUUCAUGUGUGUCUUGUUGCUAAAGAAAAAGGAACUCCAUUCUUGUCUGUGUUAGAACUCAGGCUCCUGAAGAGUGAUACAUACGAGACUCCUUAUGAUUCACUUAUGCUGUUUAAAAGAUGGGAUCUUGGGGGGCUCGGUGAUCUUCCUGUCAGGUUUGGCUUCCGUGAUGCAAUUACGUCUCUGCAUUAUGCUUCAAAACUAACGAAUAUCUUUGAAAAUGGAGCUCUGAUGUUGCAGAUCUUUUGGACGACAAGGCUGAUCAAUGGCACUAUCACUGGUUUUGUCAGUAUAGAUUGUGGUAUACCGGAAGAUUCAAGCUACAAUGACGAGACAACAAACAUAAAGUACAUUUCAGAUGCAGCAUUUGUCGAGUCCGGGACAAAUCAUAGCAUAGGUCCUGAGUUUCAGAUAAACUCUCUUGAGAAACAGUUCUACAGUGUUAGGAGUUUCCCUGAAGGAAAGAGAAACUGUUAUGAGGUGAAGCCUACACGAGGGAAAGGCUUCAAGUAUUUGAUCAGAACCCGUUUCAUGUAUGGUAACUACGAUAAUCUAGGGAAAGCACCCGUGGACCUGUCAAACAACAGUUUAACGGGAAAAGUACCCGAGUUUCUUGCUGAUUUACCGGAUUUGAUGGAAUUAAACUUAGAAGGAAACCAGUUAUCCGGCCCCUUUCCGGUAAAACUACUGGAAAGAUCAAAUGACGGAUCGCUGUUGCUAAGACUUGAGGGGAUAAAUAUGACGAAGAAGAUAGAGAAUCCAGACCCUUGCGUAUCUGCUUCAUCUCAAAAUACAAUGAAGAAGGAAGAGAAGAGAGGAUACAUCAUUCCAUUAGUAGCAUCCCUAGCAGGAUUGCUUGUUCUUUUAACUGCAGUAGCUUUGUUUUGGCUAUUCAAGAAGAGAUAUCAAAAUGGUACCACUGGUAUCAAGACUGGUCCCUUGGACUCAACGAAGCGAUACUACAAAUAUUCAGAAGUUGUGGGAGUAACAUAAAAUUUCGAGAGAGUUCUUGGUCAAGGAGGUUUUGGAAAAGUGUACUAUGGAGUCCUAAAUGGAAACCAAGUCGCAGUCAAAAUGCUCUCUGAAUCGUCGUCUCAAGGGUACAAAGAGUUUCGAGCAGAGGUCGAACUUCUCUUGAGAGUUCAUCACAAGAACUUGACUGUUCUUAUCGGAUACUGCAACGAAGGCAAGCAUAUGGCACUAAUCUACGAGUAUAUGGCUAAUGGGACCUUGGGAGACUACUUGUCAGGGAAAAACAUAAGUAUACUGAGCUGAGAGGAGAGGUUACAAAUAUCACUAGAUGCAGCACAAGGGCUUGAGUAUCUCCACAAUGGCUGCAACCCUCCCAUAGUUCAAAGAGAUGUGAAACCGGCUAAUAUUCUGCUUAACGAAAAGCUCCAGGCCAAAAUUGCUGACUUUGGAUUAUCUAGAAGCGUUGCACUGGAAGGUGGAAGCCAGGUCUCAACCGCUGUUGCUGGGACUAUUGGUUAUCUCGACCCUGAGUACCAUGCAACGCAACAACUAAGCGAGAAGAGUGAUGUAUACAGUUUUGGGAUGGUUCUUCUACAGGUAGUCACUGGCCAACCUGUAUUUACACAUUCAAGAACAACAGAGAACAGACACAUAAGCAACUGGGUCGGAUUGUUGCUGUCCAAAGGGGACAUCAGAAGCAUCGUGGAUCCGAGGCUAGAGGGGAAGUUCGAUGCUGGCUUGGCCUGGAAGAUCACGGAAGUAGCAAUGGCUUGUGCAUCUCAAAGUUCUGUUAAUAGGCCGACAAUGAGUCAAGUAGUGGCUGAGCUGAAGGAGAGUGUAAACAGAGCAAGAGCUGGUGGUGGUGGUUCCAACGAUAUUAGUCCUGAAGAUUCUACGAUUAUGGUGUCGAUGGAUUUUGACUCGAGAAUAGUUCCUCAGCCGAGGUAAAUGAUUUGUUGAUGUGUGUGUGAUGAUGAUCGUUUGAUGUUGUUUAUUUUGUAAGAGAUUGAACUAUACAAAAGUGCAUUGAAAAACCAAACAAAAUGAAACUGGAGAACAAAUUUGGUUACUAAA